AUGAAGGCUUUGGCGGCAGCUGUCUGCUGGGUUGGGUUGCUUCACAUGGUUGGGACUCUGAAAGAUGACGAGGCUACUCAUCCAUCAGUUGUGCAGCUCGCCCGGAGUUUGCUGGGCUUGCCAGCCUUUUACAAACCGCAAACAGGAGACCGAGCAUCUGGGAUGAUCCGGCGCAUCAUUCGCCAGCACGUUGAUGCCAAGAAGCUGGCUGUGAGCAGCUAUGAGUGGUCAAGAAUUUUGGCAUCCAUGAUCAAGGACGGAGAGCAAAUGACCGUCUCCCAGGCUGUAGAGUUGUACAACAGCAAUCCCGAGGACAGGAGCGGCACAGGCUCUUUGAUCUUGGAUUCCAAGAAACAGUAUGCGAUCAAACACUGGCUUGAGUUGAGUUCAGAAGAAGCAAUCCGUCAGGUGGAAUUGAGUCUUAAGGACGCCCCAUUCCAAUUUGGACCAUGGGGCGAAUCAUUGUCAGUCCAGCGAUUCCUGUUCAUGAACUCGACAGUCACCCUGAGUCCGCUGCCUGAUGCAGGCGGCCUUGAGACGGUCAGCGGAGAGCCAACAAUUUCAAUAGAUUGGUCCUUACCUAUGACGGGGGAGGCUCAAGGUGCCCUUUUUGCCAGGAUCCGGAUCCAGUAUGAACGUGCCACAGCAAUUGUGGACAACGUUCAAGACCGCAAGCGCUACCGGCAAAAUGAGGAGGAACUCAUGGAACUGCGGAACAUGAUAUGCUUCUGGUUCACAAUCCGCUCAUUUUGCAGCACCAGAAUCAGCACCUUCGCAGAGUUGGAUGCUGCCAUUUGCAAUGGCAACACCAAAGACCACGAAUUUCGAGAGUUGUUGGAGUCGAGACCAAGUCAACUCGGGGUCUCCAUGCUUCCCUGUGCCCGGAAGGAGGCUGUGGAUCAGGUUCGGGAGCAGGAGGCGGGUGCGAGCAUGGAAGUAGAGAAAGAACGCCUUGCUGUCAGGGAUGCUCGGUGGAGCUUUUUCCAGAGUGCACUCCUUCGAGAUCAAGCGAAGCUUCAACAGGUCCAAUCUGCGCCAGAGCGCUUGGAGGCACUGAAGCACCGCAAGCUCAUGUCUUGGAGGAUUUCCCAAGCUCAAGCAGGAGAACGUGUCAUCAAGGCUUACAAAGACAAAUUUCUUCGAUGCGAUUUAGUUGCCAAAGCUGAGCUGGCACAGCAAAGAAUAAAUGAGUUCCGCCUCUUCGUCGCUCAGAGUGGCAGCUUCAAGGAGUCUGAGAUUCACUGCAUCGUUGUUUGUGACUUGAACGUGCCCGGAGCAAAAUCGACAGAAUCUAUGCAGGAACUCUGCCAGACCAUGCAGUUUUGCAACGACUUGGCACCAACUCGUUCAGUGGCCUUGGUGGAGCUCCCGGAGGUUGCAAAGAAGAGUUCGAAGCGGGGUUUGUGUGAUGAAGAGAGUGACCUUCAGAGUUGCCUUUGGAGCCUUCGCCAGAGCUGCGAUGCCAGGUGGGUGUGCACAUUCGAUGUGCAUCCGGCUGCAGAUGCACAAACAAACCGCAGGCGGUUCAACACUGGACGCCUGGUAUCCAACUUGGACGGUACGAGUGAGAACGUGUUCAUCACAGCCUCUGAACUGGGCUGCUGCGGACGCCCGCUCAUGACCAAUCCCUUGCUGCUCCCAUUGAGCAAAGACCUCAUGAUUCCUGAGAACCUUGAUGUGGAAACUGACCUGAAGGGAGCGGAGAGGCAAAGGCCAUCUCCAGAGACCUGCCAAGCGCAAAAGGGAGUUGACCGCUGGGUCGCUCUCUUGACAUCUCUCCUGACGACAAGCUCAAAUGUCUUGAAGGGAAAACCUGUCAUCGUGUUGUGCCUCACGGGGUACAUCGAAGAUGUGGGGACAGUUUUCCAGAUGAGACUCAGCAAGACGGAAUUGAAGGGCGGGUUCCAUACCGACAACUUGUUUUAUCAAUCUGUUGGAUGGAUCAACAGCAAGGACACCUUCGGGCAUUCCCGGCUGACUCGCGAGAUCACCGAUGCCUACAUCCAGCGCAAGUUCGAGCACGGUGGCCAAAGGUACUCCGUGGAUGCUCCCGAACUCACUGAGCAGGAAAUCAAUAUCAUCCCCGGUGCCAAGGCUUCGAUGGGCAGCCUGGAUGAGGUGAAAUUUGAGGUUCUCGAGUGCUCCGGGGACAAAAUGCACAUCAAAGCAGAUGAACAUCGGUUUUGGUCGGCUCAAACUGGGGAGCUCAAGACUACAUAUGAUACUUUGAGGGAGAAGCACCUUGCACUCCUUGCGGCCACAACUACGACUACGACUACGAGCUCGGGUACUGAGAGGGCAACAAGUAGUGCUGGGGCAUCCACUGCCGAGAACUCCACAGAUCAGGAUCAAGAGCCACCUGCUUCUGAUUCAAACACUGUUCUGGACUCAUUGUCGAAGCUUGAGCAGGAGAUUGGUGUCCAGUACAAGUGCAACAGCGAGAUCGGACAGGUGGAGUUGAUUGUGGGGAAAGAUGGCAGCAUUUGGCUUUUGGGUGGAGUUGACAAGUCGCUUCCUCGGCAUACUGUCGUGGGCGGUUAUGGAACCGGCCAAUGGGUCAGUGAAGAAGAGAGUGAUCCAGGGGUUCGCUUCGUGAUCACGGACGACAAGGCAUGGAUCCAGCUAGAUGAAAGUUCUUUUGCUGCUGAAGCGCAAGGCUCCUCCACUGUGACCCUCUACAAGUUGCUCAUCCGGGCAGAACGUGAAAAGGGCUUGACAGAACAUCGGUUCAGCUUCCUCGACAUUUCUCGCAAGCAAGACCUCGAGGCUGGACAGGAUGGGUUCAACAUCAAGGUCAAGACUGCAAUGAAGUUCAAAUGUGUUCGGGACCCGAGAACGGCAAGUGGAUCAGAGGAAAAGAUUACCGCGAAGAAUGUCUUCUCAAAAUGCUUGGAGAGGAACAGCGACCUGCUCAUGGACAUCUACAGAUUCCGGUAUGAGAGGGUCGGGCAAAGCUUCAAGGUUCAACGGCCUUAUGUUUGUACCACCCAGCACCUGACCUUGAGCAAGGACAAGCCCCUUAAAGUGACCAAAUAG